UUUAUUUUGACAUCAUGCUUUAUGCAGGAGGGGUUAAUAUCUCUACUCACACUCUUACGCUCGCGCUCUACCUUGUUCAAUAGAGAGCACGUGAAGUCAUGUUAUGAGACGAUGCAUGUUUAGAGCCAGAGCUUGUAAAAAAUAUUGCUGUAACUUUCAACUAAAUAUGUUUUGAAGUGUUAUACCUCAGUGCUUGAUUCGUUUGGCAGGAGUAAUUUAAGAAUAAUUUGUGAAGUUUCUAGCUAGCUCUCCAAUGUCUAAGUUAAGUUAAUGGCUAGCUCUCAAGUGUCUAAUUUAAGUUAAUGGCGGCAACUUUCCCUGGAUUACCACUUUUAGCACCCUUUGAUAUGCGGAGCGAGUUUUCACGGUGUUGGUGCAAUGCACACUCGUCUGAAUUAAAGUACACCCGUCUGGAAACACUCCCAAGCCUGUUUAUUCCAAGUUGAAGGGCUGCUACAGUGAAAACUCGGUCGCUCGAUGUGGAGUGAAACGAAACGAAACUCAACUCAACGUUAGAAGGACUGCCAUCUGCUAUUCUGUGUACAAGACUGCCACCUGCUGUUCAAACACCCUCACUUCACCAGCACUCAGGCAAGAUCAGUCUAUUGCGGUUAUGCUGAUUGCUGCAUAAAAUCACGGGACUCUUUGAUUGCAAACACUGAACUUAAGUCACCUUUAUAAACAAUCUACUGUACAUGUUUGAUGCUCUAAAUUAAUCAUACAUCUGAAAGGUGAAUUUAAAGAUACAGAAGGGUGAUAAAAAAUAUAUCUAUUGAACAAAUUGAACCUGUUAAUGUAAAUUCAGUCGUGGGUAAAUCUGUAUUGUAGCAUUUAUUGCUAAGCUGUUUGUGUGUUAUCCUACAUUUUGUUGAUGAUAAUUGCCCUCAGUGCAUGUUUGGUAUCAAGUGUAUGUUGAGUUAUUUAGCUAUAUUUCAGUAAUUAAACUAUAGUUUAGUAGUUCAAUAUAACCAAACAGCAACAAAACCUUAAAAAAUGUCACUUAAUGGAGAAGUAGCAGCUGACACACACAACCCACUCACAAAAACAGAUAACCCACAGCCAGUCAGGUCUAGUUCCCGUGAAAGAACAUUUACAGAAAAGGGAUACGAGAUGCACAAACAGGAAGCAAUUAAACACAAGAAAGAAUUCAUGAGAGCUUAUGGCUACUGGAAAGAGGUGGCAGGAAGGAUUAGGACCGCACUAAAAUCAUUCUGUUCUCAAGAUGAACUAAAUAUAUUCAGAGAAGAAAUCCAAAGUCGACACAGUGCAGUAAGUGAAUGUUAUGAGCCCAUCCAACGCAACCACAAUGCUACCCCAGACAUUGUACCAAAAAUGGAUGCUUGUAUAGCACUCACUGAAGAGAUCAGUGAAAUAAUAAGGCAGCGGCUAGAAACUGUAGAUGAGGCUUUCAAUCCAGAACUUGAGAAACUACGAGUGAGGAUGGCACUUAAGAAGGAUGAGUAUGGAUCUAUCUUCGGACACACAAAGACAGAUACUGUACUUUCUCAAUCAGAAAAUUCCAUCCACUCACAGGCCUCAAGCAAACAUGCAGAUGCAGGAGCAGAACUCGCAGCUCAACAGGAAAGGAUUAAAGCAGUAUAUCAAAUACAAGCUCAAGAAGAAGUGCUUAGCAAGUUAGAAGAAGAGAAGCAGCUAGUUCUUAAAAGGUUAGAAGAAGAAAGGCAAGUAGCUCUUAAAAGGAUAGAGGCAAAUAUGCGUCAGGAAAAGAAAAGACUACAGCAAAUUCAAGCAGAGUCAGAAGUAAGAAUAGCGGAGGCGAGAGUAAACGCAUACGAGAGCCUUGAACAUGACUCCAAAGACUGGCUAAAAGAGACUGAUCUCACAGUUGAAUUCAAAAGCCAGCUCAAUCCAAGGGCUAACGCAUACCAGCCUCCACAAGCACACGCCAAUGCGCUAGCAUCUCCUGAGAAAGACAGCCUUACCCAAGCACUCAUUAACUCACUCAGUAUGAAUCGCCUGCCUGCUCCUGAGCCACCAAAGUUCUCUGGCGAAGCCCUAAAGUAUGUAGACUGGAAGAUGUCCUUCAUGGCCCUCAUAGACCACCAGCCUCUUCCAGCUCAUGAAAAAAUGUUCUACUUAAAAACCUAUCUGAGCGGAGAAGCACGUAAAGCUGUAGAGGGAUUCUUCUAUAGAAACUCCGAAGAAGCAUAUCAAGGAGCCUUAAAGGUCCUAGAAGAAAGGUACGGAAACCACUUCAUUGUGCAAAGGGCCUUUAGAGACAAGCUCAUGAAAUGGCCCAAGAUUGGUACCAGUGAUCCCGCUGCACUUCGAGAGUUUGCUGACUUCCUGCAAGGAUGCGUUGAAGCAAUGCCUCAUGUGAAGGGAUUGGCCAUCUUAGACGACUGUGAAGAGAACCACAAGUUGCUGAAGAAAUUACCUGACUGGAUCACACGCAGAUGGAGCAGAGUCGUCACGGAAAGGUUGGACGAAUCCGGGGAUUACCCAAGCUUUUCCUGUUUCACAAGGUUCAUCCAGAAGGAGGCUCGGAUAGCCUGUAACCCUGUCGCCUCUCCACUUCUGAUCAAGAACACAGAUGACAGGCAGUCCAAAAGAGCUAGAGCACUUCACACAAACACUAAAAGGAACAACCCCACGGAAAGGGUUGAGAAAGUGUUCAAUACCAAGUCAAGGCCACCUUGUCCUAUCUGCCAAGAUGAGAUGCAUGGCGUCGUGAAGUGCCCCACCUUUGCAGCAAAGUCUCUAGAAGACAAGAAAGCCAGCAUACGGGAAAACAAUUUGUGCUACGGAUGUUUGAGAAAGGGACAUAACAGUAAGGAUUGCAAAACACGACACACUUGUGUCAUCUGCGGCAGACGUCACCCCACCUGUCUACACGAAGAGAGAGAGAACCGAUCUGUGGAAUCAAAAGAGAGACAGUCCACUUCCACAGACAAAGGCACUAGUCAGGAGGAGAUCAAAGUGACAUCCCAUGCAGUGACGCAGCGCGUCUUCGCAACCUCAAGCAUCGUCCCUGUUUUCAUGUCAUCUGCAAAUGAACCAGAGAAAGAAGUUGUAACGUAUGCUCUUCUAGACACGCAGAGUGACUCGACAUUCGUCUUGGAAGACUUACUCGAAGACCUGAACGUGGAGACUAAACCAGUACAGCUCAAACUAAGCACCAUGACAUCUGUUGACACACCCAUAGCCAGCCAAAGUGUCUACGGUCUACGAGUACGAGGAUUACAGUCUGAAAAACAUAUUCAGCUACGCCAAGCCUACACUCGUGGCUUCAUCCCGGUUGACAAGUCCUACAUUCCAACUUCCAAAACAGCGCUGCUCUGGCCUCACUUAAAGCAUCUAGCCAACAAGCUUCCGCUGCUGCAGGACUGUGAGGUGGGACUGUUAAUUGGAAGUGAUUGCCCGUUGGCGUUAGCCCCCCAGGAAGUCAUCACAGGAGGCGAAAAUGAUCCAUUCGCCCAGAGAACGGAACUUGGCUGGAGUAUAGUUGGCUCAUCCAAUCCACACCUGGAUCGCCAGGGAAACCAGAGAUUCGUCCAUCGAGUGACAGUAAAGGAAAUACCUGCGCCAUCAACCAACGACGUGCUGAAGGUCUUGGAAUCAGACUUCAAUGAAAGGAAGUAUGCAGACAAAGACAAGUAUGUGUCUCAAGACGACGUUCGCUUCAUUCAGCUUCUGAGUGACAACAUAGUUCAAAGGAAAGAUGGACACUAUGAAAUGCCCCUUCCCUUCAAGAGCACAGAGCCUCCUCUGCUACCAGACAACAAGAAGCUGGCAACAGUUCGACUGCAGCACUUGAAGAAAAGAUUGAAAAAUAACGAGCGAUAUAAAGAACAGUACAAGGCCUUCAUGGAGGAUAUGAUGAAGAAAGGUGAUGCAGAGCCAGCCUCUCCUGCGACAGGACAGCAAACUACAUGGUACAUACCACACCAUGGGGUGUUCCACCCCAAGAAGCCAGAGAAGCUAAGGGUCGUCUUUGACUGUUCAGCGAAGUUCCGUGGCGUCUCACUAAAUGAUACGUUGUUAACAGGUCCUGAUCUGAUCAACUGUCUCCUUGGAGUGCUUUGUCGUUUUAGGAAAGAGGCUGUAGCCAUCAUAUGUGACAUCGAGAAAAUGUUCCACCAGUUUUACGUUUCUCCUGAACUGCGGAACUACUUGCGGUUUCUCUGGUGGGAAGAUGGAGACCUCGAAGCAGAGCCUCAAGAGUAUCAAAUGGCUGUCCACCUAUUCGGCACCACUUCGUCACCCGGAUGUGCCAACUUUGGUCUGAAGUACUUGGCACGUCAACACAAGGAAGAGUAUCCAUUAGCUUCAGCCUUUGUUGAAAGGAACUUCUACGUCGAUGAUGGGCUUAUCAGCGUCCCCUCUGUAGAAGAAGCAAAGGAGUUGAUUGCUGAAGCACAAGAGUUGUGCAAGAGAGGAGGUUUGCAUCUACACAAGUUCAACUCAAAUGAAAGAGCAGUUCUGGACUCUGUGGACCCAACUGAAAGAGCAGUCACAUCUGAACCCCUCAAUCUGGACCUAAAUGCAGCUCCUACAGAACGCGCUCUUUGUAUUCAGUGGUCCCUUGAACAAGACACCUUCAGCUUUAAUGUAAACCCUCAGAUCAGGCCCUCCACACGUCGCGGCAUCCUAUCCAUCAUUGCCUCCUUGUACGAUCCAGUCGGAUUCGUGGCUCCAUUUAUCUUAACUGGAAAGUGCAUCCUCCAGGAGUUGUGCCGUCGAGGCAUUGGCUGGGAUGACCCACUUCCCGAAGACUUAAGUCCACGGUGGGAGAGAUGGAAGAGUGACCUACAACUGCUGAAGGAAGUCUCAAUACCGAGAUGUUACCAACCACAAGGCUUCUGUAAAAUUGUCACAAGGGAACUCCACCACUUCUCGGAUGCCAGCAAUAUAGGAUAUGGCUCGUGUUCCUAUCUGAGAAGCAAGAAUGAAGAUGGCGAAGUUUACUGCAGCCUCGUGAUGGCAAAGGCUAGAGUUGCGCCAACAAAACUCACAAGCAUUCCAAGAUUGGAACUUUCAGCAGCAGUGGUUGCUGCAAGAUCAAGUGUCAUGCUGAGAAACGAGCUUGAAAUGCCGAUCCAAGCAGAAUUUUUCUGGACUGACUCCCAAGUUGUCCUGGCUUAUAUCAAUAAUGAAGCAAGAAGGUUUCAUGUCUUCGUUGCCAAUCGUGUGCAAAUGAUCAGGGAACACACCAGCCCCAGCCAGUGGCACUACAUAGACACAACAGAAAACCCUGCUGACCAUGCGUCGAGAGGUCUAAAUGCAGCAGACAUCUCCUCAUCAAACUGGCUAUCAGGUCCCAAGUUCCUGUGGGAACAAGAAAUAUAUCCAGAGUCUUACCUAACUCCUGAGUUGCUCAUUGGUGAUCCUGAGGUCAGGUCAAUGCAGGUGUUCACAACUAAAGUUGAACCUUCAAAGUCAGACCUUCUUACCCGUCUAGAUCGAUUCUCCUCCUGGUCAAAACUCCUGAAAGUCAUUGCAAGAAUCAAGAGGCUAAAUUCAAAGCAAACUCAUCUUGGCAAACUUGUGGGUGUGGAAGAACGCGAGAGAGCUGCCGAAUCAGUAGUGAAGCUUGCACAAGAAGCAGCAUUCUCCCAAGAGAUGAAGACACUUCAAAGGGGAAAAGGUCUUCAAAACUCCAGCCCUCUGUUUCGCUUGGAUCCCAUCUUAGAAAGAGGAGCACUUCGUGUUGGUGGGAGACUGGAUCAGUCAUCCUUAAGCCUAGAGGUCAGACACCCUUUGAUUUUACCCAAAGGAGGACAUAUUACCAAGUUGAUCUUGACCCACUGUCACGAGAGGAUCUGUCACCAAGGACGGAAUCAAACUCUAACAGAACUUCGAGCCAAUGAGUUUUGGGUCAUCGGGGGAAGUAAGUCGGUUGCUAAGCUAAUACACAGAUGUGUGAAGUGCAGAAGACUCAGACGGCCUGCAGAAGAGCAACGCAUGGCAGAGUUGCCUAAGGAGCGUGUAGAAGUCUCUGCCCCCUUUACAUACUGCGGUAUCGACUGCUUCGGCCCAUUCAUCACCAAGAAAGCCCGUAAAGAGCAAAAGCGCUACGGCUUAAUCUUCACUUGCCUAGCCUCUCGAGCUGUUCACAUUGAGAUGCUUGAGGACUUAUCCACAGAUGCAUUUAUCAAUGCUUUAAGAUGCUUCAUCAGUCUCAGAGGAGCCGUUCGGCAACUCCAUUGCGAUCAAGGGACAAAUUUUGUAGGAGCUAAAAAUGAGUUCAAAGAAGCAUUGAAGCAAUGUGACACCAGAAUGAUCGAGAGCUUCCUCGCAGAAAGGCAAUGUGAGUUUAUAUUCAAUGCUCCCUCAGCAAGUCAUGCUGGCGGCGUCUGGGAGCGCCAGAUUCGGACUGUCCGCAAUGUCCUAAAUGCCACACUCUGUCAAUACUUAGGCAGACUUGAUGACUCUUCCCUUCGAACCCUAUUCUAUGAGGCAAUGGCCAUUGUGAACAGCCGUCCGUUAACUGUAAACGGAGUAAAUGAUCCUACCUCACUCGAGCCAUUAACUCCAAAUCAUCUCUUACUAAUGAAGUCCAAAAUUGCCCUUCCACCGCCUGGAAAAUUUGAAAAGGAGGAUGUCUAUGCAACUAAAAGGUGGCGAAGAGUCCAGUACUUCGUCGAACAGUUCUGGAGCCGGUGGAAGAGAGAGUAUCUCAUGAACAUUUCCACUCGCCAAAAGUGGCAUACGACUCGACGCAACCUUAAGGUAGAUGACUUAGUCAUUAUAAAGGAAGACACCCCUAGAAAUCAGUGGCGUUUGGGAAGAGUAGUUGAAACCACAAAGGAGAGCGAUGGACUAGUGCGUCGCGUCAAGGUGUUAGUAGGAGAAAGAUCAUCAGCAAAACAAGAUCGCCCUACCAAACCUUUGAUUAUAGAAAGGCCCAUUCAGAAACUAGUUCUCCUCCUCGAGAGUGAGUGAUCAGUCUAGUUGUCUACACCUUUAACCCCCCCUUAUGACAUAGUCUACACUCUUUAGUCAUUAAGUAAUACUCACCUGCACAUAUCUAGAAACACUGAUACAGACAUAGGACUCAAGUAUGACAGACAUAGGACUCAAGUAUGAGCCGUUCAGCCAGGUUGAUCCUUGUCUUCACUCUUCAUAAUGUGAGUGGUGGGAGUGUAAAUGACCACCAGCAGUGUUUUAUUAUGAUUAUUUUGUUUCAUACUUUUAUUUCAUGUGACUUUUAUUUUGACAUCAUGCUUUAUGCAGGAGGGGUUAAUAUCUCUACUCACACUCUUACGCUCGCGCUCUACCUUGUUCAAUAGAGAGCACGUGAAGUCAUGUUAUGAGACGAUGCAUGUUUAGAGCCAGAGCUUGUAAAAAAUAUUGCUGUAACUUUCAACUAAAUAUGUUUUGAAGUGUUAUACCUCAGUGCUUGAUUCGUUUGGCAGGAGUAAUUUAAGAAUAAUUUGUGAAGUUUCUAGCUAGCUCUCCAAUGUCUAAGUUAAGUUAAUGGCUAGCUCUCAAGUGUCUAAUUUAAGUUAAUGGCGGCAACUUUCCCUGGAUUACCACUUUUAGCACCCUUUGAUAUGCGGAGCGAGGUAUGUGGUUCAUGUGUUAUUUCAUGUUAAUUAAUUUCAUUUUGUUGUUAUGUUCAUGUGAUGAUAACGAUACCAAUUUCAUAUAAUGGCUGUCACCUGCUAUGCUGUAAUUAAUGUGAUGCUAACGUGCAUUUGUAAAGGUAUUAUGUGAUGCUAAAGUGCAUUUGUAAAGGGAUGAUUUUAUAUCUGGCUAAAUUGCUUUUGUUAUUUCCCUUUUUAAGUUUUCACGGUGUUGGUGCAAUGCACACUCGUCUGAAUUAAAGUACACCCGUCUGGAAACACUCCCAAGCCUGUUUAUUCCAAGUUGAAGGGCUGCUACAAUAAAGAUGGUAAAAAAGAUGUCCCACGUCCAGACUGAACUGAAAAUUAGAACUUGUUUAACAAUAAACAUUUCUUGUAUUAAAAUAAACAGAAAUAUUGUGCUUUUAAAACAUAGCUUUUUAGAUCUUCACCCGGGGGUGGGUUCAAUUAUUUCAUAAA